AUGUCAGGAAGCCCUGCUGAUAGAUUACCAGGUCCUAUCUGCUUCUCGGAGGCUGGCAACAUUGCCGAGCACUGGCGGCUGUUCAUCCAGGAGUUCGAGAUCUAUCUCAUCGGCACCGAGCAGGACUCGAAAUCGGACAAGAUCAAACUGAAUCUGUUCCUGCGAUGCGCCGGACGAGACGCCCUCAAGCUCUACAACAGUUUCACGUACGCCGCCAACGAGGACCCCAACAGCUAUGAGACGGUCGUAGCCAAGUUCAACAAAUACUUCGAGCAGGGCAGGAGCGAACUGACGGAGAGGUACGUGUUCAACAACCGCGUACAACGAGCUGGCGAGACCAUCGACGCGUUCGCCGCCGACCUCAUGAACAAGGCCCAGUCGUGCGGGUUCGGGGAGGAGACCGAGGCCAUGGUGAUGAUGGCCAUCGUCAAGGGCCUGUCGUCCACCACUUUCAGGGAGAAGCUGUCCGAAGUGGAGAACCUGACUCUCGAUAAGGUCAUCAAAUUGGGCCGGAUCCACGAAAUCGUCAUGCAGGAGCAUCCGAGCAGCGAAGAGGACGAGGACAUAGCGAUGUGUUGGAAGCGCCUCUAA